AUGGACAGCCCCGUUCCGCCGCCGCCGUCACACUCCACUAGCACAUCCGCCAUCCCCAACGCCUCGCUCUCCUCCGCCGACGAUUCCGCAGCUCCCCCGGCGAACCCCUCUUCUCUGCAUCGUGGCUACAGCGACAGCGCCACCCCAUCAACCGCUGCGCUUCCGGAUACAAACGUAUUUCUGCAGGAAUAUGGCUCCGAGGGCAAUGCUGGGCCCCAGGCUGAGAGCAACGAUGCCUCGGUCAACGUGAGCCAGUAUAGCGAUUCUUCCACGACUGAUAGGAAGAGGCGUCUCACGGCACCUGAGAGCCCUGAGAGGCGGGGCGGCUAUCGAUCUGCGUCUGGAGAAGGCUCUUCUCAGGCCACUGCUAUCGAUCUUACCCUCAGCCCUAAUGGGAGCUCUGGCAGUAUUGAGAGACGCGACAGCGAUAUCAUGAUUCCGCCAUGGCAACCUGAUUCUGACGUCUCGCAUUGUCCUGUUUGUGGCACACAGUUCAGUUUCUGGUACAGGAAACACCAUUGCCGGUAUGUAAUUGUCCACACACGCAUUGUUACGUCCGUUUUCCUCAACUAA